AUGCAUUCGCGUUCCAUUCUUACCCGACGACAAUUUGACGUACACACACACACGUCAGGGGCCUCCACAGGUGAGGGCCAAAACCCCCUGAAUCAGAAGCAUGGAAUAGCUGGAUCUUUUGAAGACAAAGAUAAUGACUACAUUUGUCCUAUUUGCUUUGAUAUUAUUGAUGAAGCAUACAUGACCCCAUGUGGUCAUACAUUUUGUGGGAAAUGUAUAAAAACCUGCAUUGAACAAAUCAGCAGAUGUCCUCGGUGUAAUACCUCAAUUGACAAUGAUGAACAGAUAUUUCCAAAUGUGAUGUUAAAUGAAUUAAUAUUGAAGUAUAAGAUUAAACAAGAAGAAAAACAAAUGAGGCUACAGAAUGGUGGAAACUGUCCUAUAGGAAUCCAUGACAUAUUAGAGGAAAAUCUCGAUCUUGCUCAUGUGAAUCAAUUUUUAGAAAUAUUGAAACUUAAAAAAUUCCAACUAGAGGCAGAUGGCAAGCGAAUUGAAUUACUUAUACUCAAAGAUUUUCUUAAUCAAGUACGGCAAAAAAAGCAAGAAUCCCUUGACCAGCUAACACAAGAUUUGAGGAUUAUAGAUGAAGAUAGCAAAAGAGUAGAGGAUGCAAUUGCUGAUAUCCAGAAACAUCCAGGCUGUCCAAACAGUUUAGAAAGUGCCAUUCCAUCCACAAGUGAUUCUGGAAGCCAAGAGGGCUUUAAUGGAAGUAGAAAUAUAGAAAAACAUUAUUUACAGACGACAAUGGCUUCUCGGAGGAAAAAAGUUAGUCAACAUUUUGAAGAUCUUGAACAAUGUUAUUUUUCAUUUAGGCAGACAGAUUCCAACACUGUUUCAUCUGGAAAAGAUGAGCUUGAAAAUUUCAUGGAAAGUCUUUACAAGUUUACCAGGUUUAGCUCUUUUCGCCCCUUGGCCACUCUCAGCUAUGCCAGUGAUAUAUAUAAUGGGUCAAGUAUAGUAUCAAGUAUUGAAUUUGACAGAGACUGUGAUUAUUUUGCCAUAGCAGGGGUUACCAAAAAAAUAAAGGUAUUUGAGUAUGAUGCUGUCAUAAAUGAUGUAGUUGAUAUACACUAUCCUGUUCAUGAAAUGGUUUGCAACUCAAAAAUCAGCUGUGUGACGUGGAGUUCCUACCAUAAGAAUAUGUUGGCAAGUUCUGAUUAUGAAGGAACUGUUACUUUAUGGGAUGCUUUCCAUGGAUUGAAAACCCGAGUGUAUCAGGAACAUGAAAAAAGGUGUUGGAGUGUUGAUUUUAAUCGUAUGGACCCUAAACUACUUGCGUCAGGAUCAGAUGAUUCUAAAGUUCGUUUAUGGUCUAUAAAUGUGGAACAUUCAACGACAUGUUUGGAAACUAAAGCAAAUGUCUGUUGUGUAAGAUUCAACCCAGGGAGCCGAUUCCAUCUUGCUUAUGGUUCAGCUGACCACUGUGUACAUUAUUAUGACUUGAGAAAUACCAAACAAGCAUUGUCGGUUUUCAAAGGUCACAAGAAAGCAGUUUCUUACGCAAAAUUCUUGAAUCCAGAAAACCUUGUAUCAGCGUCAACUGACAGCCAAUUGAAGUUGUGGAGUGUGAAUAAGCCCAAUUGCCUGCGUACAUUUAAAGGACAUAUCAAUGAAAAGAACUUUGUUGGUCUUGCAACUGAUGGUGAUUAUGUUGCUUGUGGCAGUGAAAAUAAUGCUUUGUAUGUUUAUUAUAAAGGUCUGUCUAAACAGUUAAUGACAUACAAAUUUGACACCGUCCGCAGUGUCUUAGAUAAAGACAAAAAGGAAGAUGAUGCAAAUGAAUUUGUAAGUGCAGUUACAUGGAGGCCGGGUUCCAAUGUAUUGGUUGCUGCCAACAGUCAAGGCACCAUAAAAGUUUUAGAGUUGGUGUGA